CGAUCCCGUAAAAACGUUAGUAAACAAGAAAACAACAGAAAACGUUUAAACAUCAACACAGCGUGAGAGUGGAAACAUUUAGGUGUUAUUCAGUAGGCACAGAGCAACUAUGGACCAACAGACAGCAAGGCUCAUGUUUGAGGAAGGCGGCACGCUCGUCCUCCUCGGAAUGCCUUAUGGGACAGAAUUUGGCAUUGACAUGAACUCGUGGAAUAUUGCAGAGAAAUUCAAGGGCGUGAAGAUGAUACCGCCGGGUUUACAUUUUAUCUAUUACAGUGCUGUGAACCGCGAGGGAGACACAGCACCAAGAACAGGUUUCUUCCAUGUGUUCAAGCAGAGGGAGGUCUUAGUCAGGCAUUACGACCCAGCCACUGAGGAUCUCAAGCCAGCAGACACCGAUGAGGAAGAGGCAGCCAGAAUCCGCUCCAACCUGCGCAAUCUCGACCGCAACCUCGGUGCUUACCCCAUAGAAUCGUGGAAGAAGUGGGUUUCUCUGUCCCAGCAUGUCAGUCCAGCAGAAUUAUAUAGGAUGGAGCCCAUCUCUGGCAAGAUCUGCUCCGUGCCCGAAUUAAUCCAUCAGAUCAGUCCAUCCGAGGAAGAGGACAUGGCUACCUCCCCCUCGACCUCCGGCAAGUCCUCUGCAGGAGUAUUUAGCAACCAUUCCUACCUAAAGGACCCCGACAAGGGGACCCAAAGCCUGGGGCAGGACGACAAGAUCGUUCAGAUAACAGAGUACAGUGACUCAGCUGAAACGGAAGGUUCGGCCCCUAAGAAAAAGUUGCCCGCUCUUCCCAACAUGGUACAGAAGCCAGGUACUGAGAUGCGUUUCAGUAAGUUCCCAGCACGACCAUAUCGCGAGGGGGCAACGCCCAGUGAGAUAACACGAUACAGCCUUGACUCUUCUUAUACCAUUGGUCAGAUGGUUGAGGGUAUUGAGAAGCCAGAGAGUCUGCUCGCGGAAUUGCAACUGGCUUUCGUCUGCUUCCUCGUUGGCCAAGUGUGGGAAGGCUGGGAACACUGGCGCAAGUUAGUGCUGGCACUGUGUAGUGCAGAGGAAUUCAUUUGCCAGAACCCAGCCUUGUAUGAGAAGUUCCUCUCUGCACUUCACUUUCAGGUUCAUGAGGUACCUGAAGAUCUCUUUGUCGACAUAGUAGAAAGCAACAACUUUCUGGCAUCGGCAUUGACAUCUCUGUUCGCAAACGUCAGCGACAACAGCGAGAGCCUCCCAGCCUCCUUAGUGACAAAGGCUCGCAAGUUUAAGACUCAUAUCUCGAACAAAUUCAAGUGGAAUCUUACAAUCGAAGAUGAUGGGGAAGAUGCACCUGUUGUUGUUGAGAUGUGAAUGUUAUUGCAAUUAUACUACAUUCUGUUUUGUAUAUGUGUUCCUAAUGUAGGAAUAAAGGAAUGAUAAUCUAAGAUCUUGUUAAUGAUUUUGGAGCUCCUGUAAUAGUACAGCUGACUAACUGAUGUUUUUAUCAAGACAAUUCUAGAUUAUAAUCCUUAUCAUAAGUCUAGAUCAUAUUAAUGUGGAUAUGGCAUGCAACGAUAGGAAUGCCUGCUUUAUGUGAUAAUUUGAUAUUCAUUUCAAAAAGGAAUACCAAAUGUUCUUACUGGUCUUUUCUGAUCUUCUUUUCAUAAAGAUUCAUAAACCAGUAUAACUCGAGGAAAAUCUAGCAACUGUAAUACAACCAUAAAUAAUAAUUUCAAAAUUAUUUAACAAUUCAAUUUCAAAUAUAUGCCAGGUUUUACAAGAGAAGGAAGAAACAGGUUAAAAGUAUAUCAAGGGUAGUAAAAGUCAUUUUUUCACUCCAGUACUCAUUGUUCAGUAAAAGAAUAAAAAUAAAAGGAAUUUCUUUUCAAAAGUAUCACAAGAGAAACUGCAAAUACAUUAAUGCAUAAAUAAAACCAGUUAAGAAUACCUUGGCCUAUGGUCAAUAUAUGUCAUAAGUGCAGACUACUAUUAACAGAUAAUACAUAUGUUGCUGAAGGUGUUAAAUACCAUAUAUAUUCACAUCAAAUACAAUACCUCUAUAAUUUAAUUUUCCCUUUUUAAAAAUAAAUAAUAAUAAUAAUAAUAAUAAAAGGUAUAUAACGUAAAUAAAUUUAAUGAAUGUUACAUAAUUCUUUUUUUAUUACAGUACAUGAAGUAAGAAAGAAACACAUUUGACGUUUCAUUUAUUGUUCAGUGUUAUCAUCAAACUAUUCAAAUCACCUUUGUUUAAAUCAGACCUUGCCUAACAUUUUUUAAUUCUUAUAUUUGGUAUUUCAUUAGCCAGAAAAAAAAAAUCAAAUAGAACGUAACACUUAAACAUUUUUAUUCACAAUGACAGUACCCUUCUUAUCAAAUACUUUAUAAAAUCUGUAUCAUCCCACACCUGCAAAAUUAUGACAUGAUAUUAUGCUGCAUCUGAUCAAGAAGAAUCAAAUAAAAAAUAUAUAUAUUUGUGCACAGGUCAAGAAAAGGGAGUAAAGUGCUAUCACUCAAAACAACAUAUUUGGUGCAGUGCAAUAUAUACUUAACCUAUGGAAUAUUACUUGAGACUAGGUAAAAGUCUCCUUCUCAUUCAAGGGUACAACCUAAUUUAAGUCAUAUAAAGUUUAUAAAUAAUUUGAAUAUUCUAUGGAGUUUAUAUAGGUCACAAAUAAAUAUUUUUAAGGCAAAGAAAAAGAGGAUGUUCCUUGUAAUGAAAAAUAAAUAAGUAAUCAGUAAUAAUAACUGUAUAAAAACCUUUAGAAUAUUUGACAGUUUAAAAGAAAAAAAAAAAAAUCCUCUUCAUUACAAUUAAAAUUUAUAUUUCUUAAGGCACUCUUUCAUAGCCCCCCCAAAAAAAAUCCAUAGCAAAGAGACACGUUUAUAUAUAUGCAUGUUGAGAUCAUGAGUGACAAAUAUGAAAUAAAGAGGGUUGUCACAUAACUAAUAAGAAAUAACUUGUGGACGAUAUCAUUACAUCUCUAAGAAUCUGAUUUAGUCGAGUUACCUCCUAUCGUAAAAAAAAUGUAGUGAAGAGAAACCUGCCAUUAAAACAACAAAAGGAUA